AUGACUAGUAAACUAACUGUAUGUACUACAAAAGGUCAAUGUUAUAAGAAAAAUGUUAAAAUAGCUUUAAACAAGUCUAAAUAUAACACAAACAAUUUAUUGUUUUAUUUGAAUUUAAAAAAUAACGAAAAAUUCAAAAAUUCUUUUAUCAGUGAAUAUGAAAACAAAAAAAAGAAAGAACCAAAUAGUACUAAAAAUUCUUUUAUUCAGAGUAAAAUUUUAGUAUCAACAGAUGAAAUUUUAAGAUAUUAUAACAAUUUCGUUGAUGAAAUUAAUAUUCAUUUUGAUACAAUAACAAAAUAUCACAUAAAUGCAGCUGCUUAUGAUGAUUCGAGUUCAUAUCUUUCAAAUUACAAAAAUGCUUUUAAUAGAAAUACCAAAAGUGAUAUAGAAGAGCUUUCAAAAUGCACAAAAGAAAUCAUGAAGUUCUUUAAAGAAACUAAACAGAAAAUGCAAGAAGAAUUUUACAACUUACUAUCUCUCAAAGAGGAUAAUAAAACUAAUCAAUAUCAAUUAGGAUAUCAAAAAUUCAAAUCAAACAUACAAAAGCAUGAACUAACUACAAGAUCAGAGAUGAGAACAUGCGGACAAAAAAAUAAAGGAGCUUAUAAUAGUCUGUACCGGUUGAUACGUGAUGAGUUUUGUACUAAUGUAGAAUGUAAUUUAAUGGUAAGCAUAGAUAAAAAACAAGUAAAAAAAUCUAAUUUUGUGUAUUCAAAAGUUAUGGAUGAAUAUAAAGAAAAAAUGUUAACAUAUACACGUUCUAAUAAAGACGUCUUAGAACAAAUUAGCACUUUUUUAAAUUCUGAAGUAGUACAAAUAAUUAUAAAAGAAAACAUAUGUGAAAAAACAUGUAGAAAUUCCUUAAGGAUGUUAGUUAAAAAAAUUGAUGACACCGAAAAAAUAUAUAAAAACGGUAUAGAUAAAGAAAAUAAAUAUUAUAAUGAAUUUCAAAGUGAUUGUUCAAGAGCACAAACACUCUAUUUGCAGAAAGAAUAUAUUUCAAAUACUCUUAUCAAAUCUUUAGAAAGAUAUGAAGGAUUUGUCUGUUAUAACAAAUGGAAUUCUGAGUUAAAAAAAAAUUUUGAUGAAGAUAAAAAACAAUUUGAUAGCAUUCUUCAAAAUGUAUUAGAAGAAUUAGGAAAAAAUAUAGUUUCACUAGUUUAUCCUGAAAAUAUAGCAACAGAAAGCAAUCAAAUUUUUUCAAAAGCAACUGAAAUAUAUAAUCGUACAGUAAAUAUGAUUCGUGAACAUUUUAUAGUAUUAGAAAAUUUAUCGUAUAAAUAUAGUAUUAUAGAAAUUUCCAAUAUCAUAGAUGAACUUACUCAAUUAUAUUCUGAUGUAUUUAAUUAUGAAAUUAGUUUGAAAGAUAAAUAUAGAGAACUGAACAUGAAAUAUAAAUCGAUUGAAGAUAAUAAAAAUGAGGUAGAAAAAAUAAAAGGAACAAUUCAACUAAGGGAAAAUAAAUUAGUGGAUCUUACAUAUGAUGUAUUAAAUAAAAAAAAAAAAAUUGAUGAUAUAAUAAGAUCAGCAAAAAACGAACUUGAUACAUUAAAUGAAUAUGAUCAAGAAUUAAAAACAUUAAUAGGAGAAAUUGACUUAAAAAAAACACAAGUUCAAACAAAAAAAGAUAAAAUAGAAGAAUUAAAAAGACAGGAAGAUGAAAAAAUCAAAAAUGUAAUAGAAGAAAUAAAAAAAUACCUAGGAAAAAUAAAUGAGAAAAAAAGCAAUUAUAAAACAAUUAUAGAUAUAAAAGAAAGUUCCAGAAAGGAUUUAAAUAUCAUUAAAAAUUUUAAAAGUGAGACAUUUUUUAAUGAUAAUGAAUACACAGAAAAAAUACAAGAGAUGGAUGGAAAAAUAAGCUCAGCUUUAGAAGAAUUAUUUAAUAAUGGGAAAUUAGAAGAAUCAUUUAAUGAAAUAUCAAGAUUUUUAACUGAAAAGAAUUCAUUAAAUUAUGAGGAAAAUAACAUGGAAAAACUUAAUAUAAUAUUAGAUGAAACACAAAAAAAAAUUUCAGAAAUAGAAAAUACUAUUAGUAACGCUACAAGUAUUAUAAAUGAAAAAGUAACACCUAUAACAAAAAAUAUUGAAGAGCUUAAGAAUGAAAUAAUAACAAAGUCAAUUGAAGAUUUAUAUAAUAAAAUAAAUAAUUCAUUUGAAACUUUUAAUGUUUCAAUUAAUUCAAUAUCUGGGUAUACGAAUGAAUAUGAAAAAGAAAGUAAAAAAAUGAAAAAAUUUGAAGAUGAUAUAACAAUUCAAAAGAAUGAAUUGUUGCACAAAAACAAUGAAAAAUAUAGUAAUGAAUUGGAAGAAAAAGAUAUCUCUCUAACUGCUUUAGAUCAUGAAAAAAUCUCUGAAAAGAAAAAAAAUAUAGAAGAACAUAUUAAUAAUAACAGAAGUAUCAUAAGUACAAUUGAAAAGGAAUUAGAAUUAUAUGAAAAAAUAGAAAAAUACUUUACUAUGUCCAAGGAUCAAACAAUUGUAAGUAACAUCAAAGGUUUAAAAGAACAAAUUUGUCCUGUAGAUAUGAAUAAUAAAUUAAAGGGUUUUCAAACGAAACUUAGUAAUACAACAAAUAUAAUAGAAAGUAGUAUAAAAAAUAUUGAAUCAUAUAAAAAAAUUAUAGAAGGUAUUUAUAUUCUAAAUAAAAUUAUAAAUAUGUCUGAUAACUGUAAUACAUCAAUUAAUAAUUUAAGAAAAAAUACAGAUUCCAUAAAAAAAAAAAUAGAUGAAGAAGAUGCUAUAAUUAGUAGAGAAAAUAAAGUAGAAGAAAACAUAAAAAAUAAUUUUUUAAGCAAAAUUAGAAAAAAAAAAGAAGAUACAGAAGAUAUAAUAAGAAACAUUGAUGAGUUAAAAAAAAAUCUAACCGAAAUUAUAGAAUCAUCUAUUAAUUUAAAGGAAAAAGCUAAUGGUGUUAUUAUAUUAGAAACUUUAGAAGAACAUUUAAAGAAUGUAUCAAUUCAAGAAUCUCGUUUUAAUGAUAUUACAAAGAAAAUAGAUGAAACAAGAGUAUCAAUUGAGUUAUUAAAUAAGAAAGUUGAUAGUGCAAUAAAAGGUCAACAUGACGAAAUUUCAAAUAUAUUUCAUAAACAUAUUAUUGAAUUAUAUGAAAAAAUAAAGAAUGAUACACAAACAAAUUCUAAAAUUAUAAAAGAUACAGAAGCAUGUUUGCAAAAUUAUGAUUUCGAAAAUGAUAUAGAAAAGGUUAAGAAAGAAAAGAAUAAGAAAAAUUUAAAAGAUAUAUCACAGAGCAUUAAAAAUAAAAUGGAAGACGUUAAUAAAAUUAAUAAAACAAUUAUAGAUAUACAAAAUAAAUCUCAAAAGUUAUUUGAUGAAUCUAAUAACGAAAAAAGCAGAGAAAAUUCAAGUGAUAAAAAAAACAAUAUAAAAAAAAUUUAUGAGACAAUGGCAGAAAUAUUAAAAGAAUUGGAAAAAGAGAUAACAAAUUUAGGAUAUUACUUAGUAAAUAUAAAGGAAAACAAAAUACAGUAUAAGAAGGAAUCAGUAAACUAUACUGUUGAUCAAAUUAAUGAUGAAAAAGAAAAGGCUAACAAAAGAAUGGAAAUUAUUGAUGAACUUAAGAAAAAAAUUAUUCAAUUGAAGGAAAAAACAAUAGAUAUCUCGAAGGAUGAAUUAGAAAGUUUUAAUUAUGAAAUUCCUGCUAGUAAAGCUAAAGAAAAUCAACAAAAAAUAAAUGAAUUGGUACAAGAAGCUAAUGCAUUAAAAGAAAAAGUAUCAAGUGAUAAUACAGAAAGUGGAAUUGAUAAUAUGCAAAUAAUUAUUGAAACAAAAUUAAGAAAUAUCAUAAUAGAAAAUAAUAGCAUAGAUAAUGCAUCUUACGAAAUGGAGAACAUGGAGAAAUGUUUAAUGACAAAAAGAUUUAAUAGUAUAAUGGAUACUAUUAGAAUUUCUUUCACGAAAGCUAAAAGAGAAAAAGAAAUUACAAAUGAAAAAUUUACAAAAUCAGAAGAUAUAAAGAAAAAAAUAAUAGCUGAUUUUCAAAGGGCAAAGGAUUUAAGAAAUGUACUCAUAGAAGUUUUAGAUGAAAAUUCUGUUGAUGAAAAAAUAAAAGAAAUUAAAUUAAUUAAUGAUGAUAUUAUAGUUAAUACAGGAAAUAUAAAUGAAUUUUUAACGAUAACUGAACAACAUAAGGAAAAUUGUAGAAUGAAUUAUCAUAAUAUAGAAAGGGGAAAAUAUACAAUAGAGUAUUUAAAAAACCAUGAUUAUAAUGAGAAGAAAGAAAUAACAGGAAGUGUAAUAGAAGAGAUAAAUAAAUAUGUUAAAGAAAGUAGAGAUUACUCCGAUAAAGCAGAUAAAUAUAGUAUAGAUACUAGAAAUAAUUAUGAUUUAUGCUGCAAAUAUAAAGAGGACAUGGAUGAUCUUUUAAACGAAUCUUUAAUUUUAGGAGAAAACAUAAAAUAUAAAUUAAAAGUAAACGAAAUAAAUAAUAUAUGGGGAGCGAUUCAAAAUGAUUAUAAUAAUAUUGAAAGUCUAUUAAAAAAAUUAAUAGGAAGAUUAAAUAUAUUAAAAAAAGAUAUCAUUAUAAUAGAACAAGAAAAAGAAGAAACAAAUAGUGAAAAGUCUAUAAAAGCAUAUGGACAAAUUCAAACUACAAAAGUGCAUUCAAAUAGAUUAUUAGAAGAAUUAGAGACCUUAAAACAAAGAACAAUGGAUAAUUUGAAUGGUUCUAAAAGUGCAGUGGAAUUGAUUUCAAGAGAGAAUGAAACAGCAGAAAAAGAAAUAUCCGACAGACUAAAAGCAGAGCAGGAAAAUUUAAAAAGAAGUAUAGAAAUUUUAAGGAAAGUAGAAAUUAAUAAAAAUUUAAUGAGCGAUGAAUUAAAUAAACUAAAAGGAAUAGAAAUUAAUAUUAAUGAUAUGGAUAAUGAAAUGAAAAAAUCUAAGAAAUUAUACGAAGAAGGAAUUUUGGAAGAAAUAAAAAAAGUAGCUGAUAAAGAAAAGGAAAAUAUUGAAUUCUUAAUGAAAUCAAUAAACGCAACAAUUGGCAAUAUAAUUACAUUUAUAGGGGAAUUACAGUUAGAAGAAAAUGACUUAGUAGAAAAAUGUGAAGAUACUAGAAAAAAAAUGAAUGAUAUAUAUAAUAUAUUUGAUAAAUCCUAUGGAAAUAUAGAAAAAUUUGUAUUAAACAUUAUAGAACCUACUAGCACAUAUGCUAGUGCAAAAGAGAAAAGAGAAGAAGCCGAAUUAGAAGAAGAAAAACUUAAGAAUCAAAAACAUGAAAUGGAAAAUUUGUUAAAAAUUAUUAAUGAUAUUAAGAGAAAUGAGAUUUUAAGAUUAAUACUACAUAUGAAGAAGGAUUUGGAUAAGUUGGAUGAAAAAGCUAAAGAAGAGCAUUCAUGGAUAGAAAUACAAAUAAAAGAUAUCAAAGGAAAUAUAGAAAAUAUAAAAGAUUCUGAUAGUAUAAAUAGUGCAUUGGAUGAGUUAAAUAAAAUAAAAAAAAAGAGCGAUGAAAUAAACAAAAGUAAAAUAAGGUAUUCUGCUUAUAAAGACGAAAUACAUGCAUUUUACAGUAAUAUAAAUAAAACACUAAGCUUUAUAGAUAUGGGUAUAAAAACAAUAUCAGAAAUGAAAGAUUAUGAAAGCAUGAAGAAUAUAGAAGAUAUUAUUUUAAGAAUAGAAGAAAAUUUAGGUGAUAUAAAUAAAAAAGUAAGGGAGAACAAAGAUAUCCUAAUAAAAGCUGAAAGUAUUUAUGAAGAAGUAAAGUUAAGAGAAGAAUUAAAAAAAAGAAUUAAGGAAGAGUUAAAUAAAAUUGAUGGUAUCUUCUCUAUAAUACAAGGUGCUCUUGAUAAAUAUACAAAAAUAAAAGAGAUAAAUUUUGAUGAUGAAAAGUGUGAUGUAUUUUUUAAAAUUAUCAAAGAGAGCGAAAAUCUAAAAAAUAUAUCAAAUGCUUACAUGAGUAAAUUAAAUAAAAUGGAUGGAGUAUUAAAAUUAAAUACAAUAAAAACUGAACUUGAUAAUAAAAAGUCUUCUUUAACUGAUUUAGAACGUCGUGUUGAAGCAACAAAAACAGAUAAGGACGAGUUUUCUAGUAAAAUAUUAAGGGGUAUAAAGAAUAACAUUGGAACAAUUACAAAAGAGAUAGAUUACGAAUAUAGCAAUGUUUCAGAAAUUAAUAUAUUUUUUUAUGAGUUACUAGAAUUAGGAAAAAAUUAUAAAUUAUCUUUGCAAUAUGCGGUUAGUACAACUGUAAAUAUUGAAAUAUCAAAAGAUAUGUUAAUAAUAGAAAAAAAAAAAAAAGAUGCUGCAUUAUGUGUACAAUAUAUUAAAAAUAGUUGUGAUUCUAUGAUUAAUGAUAUUAAUAUAAUAAAUAAAAGCUAUAAAAGUAAUAUUAUAAGUACUUAUGAAUCUAACAAUGUUGAGAAUGCAAAUGUUCUUUCAGAGGAACUUAAGAGAAAGGGGGAUGAAGGGAUGAAAACAACAAAUGAUAUAAAGAAAUUACUUUUAACAAUGAAUGAAAGUAAAGAUGAAAAUAAAGUAGAUGAAUAUUUACAGAAACUAAAAGAUAUGUAUGAAAUUUUUCAAAAAGAAAGGAUAAAUAUAAAUGAAAUUUUUAGAAAUAUCAAUGAUAUAAAAUUAAAAGAAAUGGAUAAAAAUAGUGAGAAAUUAAUUGAUAUAGCACAUUUACAUAAAAAUAUUGUAGAAAAUCAAGAAGAAAAAUUUUUAAACAUGAAAAAGCAAUUAAGUGAAAUAAGAGAUUUUUUAAUAGGAAGAGAAAAAGAAUUACUUGGUAUUGUUGAAUGUGUAGACAUAGAAUGUAUGCAGAAGAUCAACAAAAUAGAUGAAGAAGUUAAGCAUAAAACUAAGGAAAUAAGUGAAUUAGAAAAUAAUAGUAGUAGUGAGAACAACAAAAUAUUAAUAUAUACAGAAAAAGUUUCCCAUUUAAUAGAAAGAGCGAAAUUUUUAUUGAGAGAUAUAGAAUUAUAUGAACAUGAAAGUGAUUAUGAUUUAUCAGAAAAAAUGAACAAUAGUAUGCUAGAUGAAUUAGACAAUUAUAUAAAAAGAAUUAAGGAGAAGGGAAAUAAAUCGAAGGAACUUUUCGAAAAUUAUAUACAGAAAAAUAAAGAUCUUUUUCUUGAAAAUAAUAAUACAUUUCUUUCAGUUCAUGGUAUUAUUAAGAAUAUAAAUGACAUAAUAGAAAUUUAUCGAAGAAAAUUAAGUGGUCAGGAAGAGAAAAAUAAAAUAAGAGAUAUUCUAGAUGAAACUAUUAAAAAAAAUGAACAUGAAAACUUUUCAGUAAAUGAUGAUAUUAAUAAAAAUUCUCAAAAAGGUGAGGGAAAGCAAAAUUUAACUAAAAAUAUUGUUAGUAAUGGAAAUAAAGAAUCCAAUGAAAAUAAUGAUAGUAAAGGAAAAAAUAAAACUGAAGGUAAAACUAUUAAAUUAGCUCACGGAAUGUUAGGUGGUUUAUUAAUAAGUUGUGUAAUUGUCGUUAUUUUAUAUAAAGGUAAGGGUGUGGAAAAUAAUGUGGAUGAAUAUGUGCAUGAAGAAUAUGAAAAUGGUGAGGAUUUAUUUAAUUCCAGUGAUCGUGAAGAGGUUAUUGAAGUAAACUUUAUAGAAGGUGAGUAA